AUGGAUCAUGGGCCUCUCGCUGGGCCUCUCCCGGCGGCUACCCAUUGCAGUAUUGACCGCUUCUGCCCCUUCACACCCUCCCAUCACUUCACCCGCCGUGCACUUGACGCGACGACCGGCACCUUGUCGCGCCCGCAAGCUCCUGGUACAGACGGCUUGUCCGUAGUCACUCAUUUGCCUCCGAAUUCCAGCGACAGCGCCCGCGAUAGCCAGAGCGACAACGACAACGACAGCGACCCUUCGCGCCCUCCGUACUCGGCCUCGCAGAACAUCAACGCAGUGCUAACCAGCGCUGGAGAGUCUUCGUUACCCCCGCCAUUCUCUUCGCUUUUUUUUGCUCUUCAAGGUUCGCACGACGAGCGCAACAAGGCUCUCAGCAGCACCGAAGAAGAAUCGCCGCCCGCAUUCGCUUCUGCGCCGCCCUUCACCGAGUCCUCGUCCUCCGCCGCUGCCACUGCUGCUGCUGCCGCUGCCGCUGCCGCAACCAAAGCAGCCCUCCCGCAGGAUACAAAGGACGCCUCCAGCAGCAAAGACCUUGACGACGGCGAACCUCCCCCACCCUACAGCGAAGGCUCCAGUCCGCUCGAGUCGUUUACUUACGUCAUGGCUUCCGCAGGAGGUCCCGCGAGCAUCAUCACGCAGGUGUCACAAACAAGUGCUGGACCGCCCAUCAACACCCUUGGAGGAUCGGACGAGAACAUCACUUUGGAGCUAAGAGGGUCGCGCUUCACGCUUUCCCGUGAUGAACUCCUAACUCUCCCCGAAUUUGUUCUUCUCUCUCUAUUCCCCAAUGGCUUGCUCCCAGACGGCCAUAUGAACUCCUACCACGAUGGAGAUGUAUACCCAGUCGACGUCGGUAAUCCCCAUGCUCCAUCUCCCACCCCAUCCCCCAGUCCCCUUGCCAAGAUCGUCUACCAUCUUUCCAAUCCGGCUAUAUAUUUAUCUGACAAUCUGUAUCCAUCACAGUAUGAUCCGAAUUCCCUUCAGUACAUGCUGGAAUUUUUCCGCACAGUGGCUCAAACCAUCCCCGCAUCUCCUCCUUCACCCACCGCAACCCCCGAACACACCGCUGAGGCUGUGCCCAUUGAGCCUAUGCAUGGCUCUGCCAGAGACAUGCUACAAGAUCGCGCUGGCAUAAUCGUUCUUCGAGAGGACCUUGAUUUUUACGCGAUUCCCCCUCACCGCGACAUCACUCAACCGGAAAUGAUCGAGGUCAAGCGAGCUGCAGGCGAGGCACUCCUCGAGCAGAACGGCAUCUUUUCCGGUCUCAGGAAGAGCGAAGAGCCAGGCACGACUGAACAGCAUCUGAUCGAGAUGUUGACUGCAGGCGGUUUUAACCAUGACGAUCGAUGGGGUCACCGUGCUGGUGAGCCUAACAAGGCUGUCAUCUGCAGCAUUGCACUUGCUCGGUUGAGAACCGACAUCAAAGGCAAUGAUAUUGCUAACAGUAACGCCGUUGGAAUGGCGCAGAAACUGCUUCUCUUCUGGCGCAAACCUGCGCGUCGAUGCUGGUGGGAGGGUGUUGAACUAGAGAAUGUGAGGGGUGUUGAAGGCAAGUUGAAAGUAUGGAUCAGAAGAGUAUGGACACUAGAGAUGAGUGUUAUUGGCCUUCGUUGA